UGCGAGGGGCCGCGCGGGUGCUGGGGACUGCGCGGAUUUUGCCGGCUGUGAGGUUGUCGGUGGCUGCGCGGGUUUUGCCGGCUGUCGGGGUGCUGGUGGCUGCGCGGGUUUUGCCGGCUGCGCGGGUUUCGGUGGCCGCGCGGGUUUUGCCGGCUGUCGGGGGCUGCGCGGCGCUGCGCGGGGCUGCGCGGAGCAUGUCGGCGCUGCGGCGCAAGCUGGGCGAUGAGUACCAGGUGGUGAGCACCUCGGCCAGCGGCGGAGGCCUCCCGCCCCCGCGCAGCGCCCCGCGCGGGAAGCGCCAGCGCUUCGUGGACAAGAACGGGCGCUGCAACGUGCAGCACGGCAACCUGGGCGGCGAGACCAGCCGCUACCUGUCCGACCUCUUCACCACGCUGGUGGACCUCAAGUGGCGCUGGAACCUGUUCAUCUUCAUCCUCACCUACACCGUGGCCUGGCUCUUCAUGGCCUCCAUGUGGUGGGUGAUCGCCUACAUGCGCGGGGACCUCAACAAGGCGCACGACGACAGCUACACCCCGUGCGUGGCCAACGUGUACAACUUCCCCUCCGCCUUCCUCUUCUUCAUCGAGACCGAGGCCACCAUCGGCUACGGCUACCGCUACAUCACCGACAAGUGCCCCGAGGGCAUCAUCCUCUUCCUCUUCCAGUCCAUCCUGGGCUCCAUCGUGGACGCCUUCCUCAUCGGCUGCAUGUUCAUCAAGAUGUCCCAGCCCAAGAAGCGGGCGGAGACGCUGAUGUUCAGCGAGCACGCCGCCAUCUCCAUGCGCGACGGGAAGCUCACGCUCAUGUUCCGCGUGGGCAACCUCCGCAACAGCCACAUGGUGUCGGCCCAGAUCCGCUGCAAGCUGCUCAAGUCCCGGCAGACCCCGGAGGGAGAGUUCCUGCCCCUGGACCAGCUGGAGCUGGACGUGGGCUUCAGCACGGGGGCUGACCAGCUCUUCCUGGUGUCCCCCCUGACCAUCUGCCACGUCAUCGACUCCAAGAGCCCCUUCUACGACCUGUCCCAGCGCAGCAUGCACACGGAGCAGUUCGAGAUCGUCGUCAUCCUCGAGGGCAUCGUGGAGACCACGGCUGGAAGAGGUUAUGAGUUUAAAAGCUGCAUGCCUGGAGUUGUGGCCUGGUCCAUGAUGCCUGUGGAAGCAUCCCAGGUUUGCACUGAAAUAAAAGGCAUCGUUUUCCCUAAAAUGGCAAAAACGCUCCAGACUUGGAGGCCUUAAAGCCAGCCUGGGGAGAGCUAAAUCAGCACGAUGGGCAUGGCAGGCAAGGCUGGCAUGUAAAAUUAGAAACCCCCGGCAGGCAUGUGGGUAUUUGUGCAGCUCGGGCUGGGAUGUGGCAGAUUGAUCCUCCUGGGAAUAACGAGCCUGCUGCAUGGCAUCACAUCCCUAAUUAACCCCCCUGAUUGUGGGCUGGGGUCGGGAUCACAUUGAUCCUCCUGGGAAUAACGAGAUUGAUCCUCCUGGGAAUAACGAGAUUGAUCCUCCUGGGAAUAACAAGCCUGCUGGAUGGCAUCACAUCCCUGGGAUGGGGCCCUAAUUAAUGUAGGAUGGGUUUGGGAUCAGAUUGAUCCUCCUGGGAAUAAUGAGCCUGCUGGAUGGCAUCACAUCCCCGGGAUGGGGGCCCUAAUUAACCCCCUGACUGCAGGGUGGGGUCGGGAUUGUCUCCCUCCCUCCUGCAGGAAAUGAUCUCCCUGUGCCACCCUCGGAUCUGAACCACAAGGAAGAAGCAGCAUCCACCCCCUCUGAGCCUCCUCUGC